CCUCUCACAUAAUCUGUUUUAUAAAGUCACAUCACAUGGCUGAAUUCACAGCAGAUUUGAAUAGUUUUAGACCUUCUUUUCCUUUCUUAGAUAUUAACACUAUGGAACUAACAAAUGGAUUCAAAGGGGUGAUGAAUGUGAAUUCACAUAUCCUAAACAACAACUCAAGUUUGCAUAUGCAGGACUUUUUUAUGCCUUUCAACACAAGUCACAGCUUCAUAACUUCUCCAGAAUCUAAAUUUUCAGGCCUUGUCCAUUAUGUUAAUCACAGUAAUCUUCCAUCUUCACUUACCAUAUCUUCAACAGAUAAUGAAAUCCAACAAGGUAAAAAGCGCAAAGCGGUUGAUACGCUGGACACCAUGUCAGCAAACUCAACUCCUGCAGUAUCUGAGAGUGGCAGCAACACAAAAAAUAACUAUGGAAGAGGGAAGAGAGGAAAAAAGAAUGAAACAGAAGAAAAGAAAUCAAAGGAAGUAGUUCAUGUUAGAGCAAGAAGAGGCCAAGCUACUGAUACUCACAGUUUAGCAGAAAGGGUUAGAAGAGGAAAAAUCAAUGAGAAACUUAAAUUCUUACAGAACAUUGUCCCGGGAUGUUAUAAGACUAUGGGAAUGGCAAUAAUGUUGGAAGAGAUCAUAAACUAUGUUCAGUCCUUGCAGCAUCAAGUGGAGUUCCUCUCUAUGAAGCUUAAUGUAGCAAGUGCUUUCUAUGACUUCAACUCACAGACAGAUGCUUUCGAAACAGUGCUGAGAGCAAGGGCAUCAGAAGCAAAAGAGUUGGUGAAGAAUGAGAGAGAGGAACAUGGCAUUCAACCAACUUGGCCUUAUUGCUUUUAAGUUUUAACCACACAAGUCGUGAACCAUGAAGAAGCUAUUAUGUUUUUCUAGUUCCUACCAUUUUAGAAGAUCAUUUGUUUCCAUUCGUUCACAAUUCUUGUUUGUAUAAUCCCAACAACUCAAUUGAGCCAAUACGUGAUGUGUUCUUGAGUGAAAA